CUUCCUGAUUUCUUCUAUGGAGGCUGUCUGUGGAACGCCGAGAAUUUCAUAAUGUGUGGGCAUUGCUCGCGAACCUUGUCGGUUGCGUAACAGCAGCCCAUUCCACCGCGUUGCUACCUUCGUAAAGCCGACAGAUUUUGCCAACAUCAUAUCCUCUCUCCCAAGUUCAUAAUGGCUUACAAUGUCAGCAAAACCUUGACAUUCCUGGCGCUAGUGGGAGGAAUGAUGGCAGGAAGCACCGCAGUGCACAGAUGGCUCAAACCAGAUAUGUCUAUUCCUGACCUUCUAGGGGACCAACCACGACAGUCUGUCAAGCAGCCGCCAAAGUAAACCCGAGCAGUAUCUAAUAAGCAAUCGAAGCACUUCACGCUCGGGCAGUGUGCCAUGUAAAGUAACUUCACCCUUACGAGACAUAAUGAAAUGCUGGAAACCAUUCUGAGCAACUGUCAGGCCAUCAGGAAGCAACACAGUCUGUGAAAGAUACUGGGAAUAGAUAGUUAUCGUGAAACAGGAAGACACACUGCAUUUCGUUUACAGAGUAUCUAGAAGCAACGGAGAAUGACUAAAAGUGUACAGCUGGUUCUAUGUUUAUUGCUUAUUCCCUUUUGAAAUCAGCCACAUUGGAGGGGUA